AUGGCGGAUCUGGAGGCUGUGCUGGCCGAUGUCAGCUACUUGAUGGCGAUGGAGAAGAGCAAGUCGACUCCCGCCGCCAGGGCCAGCAAGAAGAUUAUCCUGCCGGAGCCCAGCAUCCGCAGCGUGAUGCAAAAAUAUCUGGAGGAGCGCGACGAGCUGGCCUUCGACAAGAUCUUCAACCAGAAGAUCGGCUUCCUGCUGUUUAAGGACUUUUGCCUGAACGAGAUCGACGAGGCGGUCCCGCAGCUCAAGUUCUACGAAGAAAUCAAAGACUACGAGAAGCUGGACUCUGAGGAGGAAAGACUCGGUCGCAGCCGGCAGAUCUACGACGGCUACAUCAUGAAGGAACUGCUGUCGUGUUCGCACCCUUUCUCCAAAAAAGCUGUGGACCACGUCCAGAGUCAUCUGGCCAAGAAGAUGGUGCCUCCUAGCCUCUUCCAGCCCUACAUCGUGGAGAUCUGCGACAGUCUGCGAGGGAAGAUCUUCCUGAAAUUCAUCGAAAGCGACAAGUUCACCCGUUUUUGCCAGUGGAAGAACGUGGAGCUCAACAUACAUCUGACCAUGAACGACUUCAGCGUUCACCGCAUCAUCGGACGCGGCGGCUUCGGCGAAGUUUACGGAUGCAGGAAAGCCGACACGGGAAAGAUGUACGCCAUGAAGUGUUUGGACAAGAAGCGCAUCAAAAUGAAGCAGGGUGAGACCUUGGCGCUGAACGAGAGGAUCAUGUUGUCGCUCGUCAGCACAGGGGACUGCCCGUUCAUCGUAUGCAUGACGUACGCCUUCCACACGCCUGACAAGCUCUGCUUCAUCCUCGACCUCAUGAACGGCGGCGACCUUCACUACCACUUGUCCCAACACGGAGUGUUCAGCGAGAAGGAAAUGCGUUUCUACGCCGCCGAGAUCGUGCUGGGCCUGGAGCACAUGCACAACCGCUUCGUGGUCUACCGUGACCUCAAGCCCGCCAACAUCCUGCUGGAUGAGCACGGGCACGUUCGCAUCUCUGACCUGGGACUGGCCUGCGACUUCUCCAAGAAGAAACCUCACGCCAGCGUGGGGACCCACGGCUACAUGGCCCCCGAGGUUCUGCAGAAGGGAACGGCCUACGACAGCAGCGCCGACUGGUUUUCGCUGGGCUGCAUGCUCUUUAAGCUGCUGCGAGGGCACAGCCCGUUCAGGCAGCACAAGACCAAAGACAAACACGAGAUCGACAGGAUGACGCUCACCAUGAACGUGGAGCUGCCCGACUCGUUCACCAGCGAACUGAAAGAACUUCUGGAAGGUCUCCUGCAGCGCGAUGUGGCCAAGCGGCUGGGUUGCCAGGGACGGGGAGCGUGCGAAGUCAAGGAGCACCCGUUCUUCAAGGGCAUGGACUGGCAGCAGGUCUACUUGCAGAAGUACUCGCCGCCGUUAAUCCCGCCCAGAGGGGAAGUAAACGCUGCCGACGCCUUUGACAUCGGUUCCUUUGACGAGGAGGACACCAAGGGCAUCAAGCUUCUGGACAGCGACCAGGAGCUGUACAAGAACUUCCCGCUGGUGAUUUCUGAGCGUUGGCAGCAGGAAGUGGCCGAGACGGUCUACGACGCCGUCAACUCGGACACGGACAAGAACGAGGCCCGUAAGAGGGCCAAGAACAAGCAGCUGGGACACGAGGAAGACUACGCCCUGGGCAAAGACUGCAUCAUGCACGGCUACAUGCUGAAGUUGGGAAAUCCCUUCCUGACGCAGUGGCAGAGGCGCUACUUCUACCUCUUCCCCAACCGAGUGGAGUGGAGGGGCGAGGGGGAAUCACGGCAAAACCUUCUGACCAUGGAGCAGAUCGUUUCUGUGGAGGAGACGCAAAUUAAAGACAAAAAGUGCAUCCUGCUGCGCAUCAAAGGAGGGAAACAGUUUGUGCUGCAGUGCGAGAGCGACCCCGAGUUGGUUCAGUGGAAAAAGGAGCUGACGGACGCCUUCAGCGAGGCGCAGAAGUUGUUGCGGCGCGCUCCCAAAGUCAUCGGCAAGAGUCGCACCGGCGGCGUGGUGGAGCUCUCCAAACCCCCCCUCACGCACCGCAACAGCAACGGCCUGUGA